GCCCCAGGCUCACGCGAGCUGGGUGUUUCCUGUCUCUUUCAGUCCGGGUUUGGAGACUCCGGCGUCCUCCGGCUUUUCAUGGAAGAGAUGUCAGGAGAAAGUGUGGUGAGCUCAGCGGUGCCAGCGGCUGCGACCCGCACCACUUCCUUCAAGGGCACGAGCCCCAGCUCCAAGUACGUGAAGCUGAACGUGGGCGGAGCACUGUACUACACCACCAUGCAGACGCUGACCAAGCAAGACACUAUGCUGAAGGCCAUGUUCAGUGGGCGCAUGGAGGUGCUCACGGACAGCGAAGGUUGGAUCCUCAUUGACCGGUGUGGGAAGCACUUUGGUACAAUACUCAACUACCUUCGAGAUGGCGCGGUCCCCUUGCCAGAGAGCCGCCGGGAGAUCGAGGAGCUGCUGGCGGAAGCCAAGUACUACCUGGUCCAGGGCCUGGUGGAAGAGUGCCAGGCAGCCCUGCAAAACAAAGAUACUUAUGAGCCGUUCUGCAAAGUUCCUGUCAUCACCUCAUCCAAGGAAGAACAGAAACUUAUAGCGACUUCAAAUAAGCCAGCUGUGAAGUUGCUCUACAACAGAAGUAACAACAAAUACUCGUAUACCAGCAAUUCAGACGACAAUAUGUUGAAAAACAUCGAACUGUUUGAUAAGCUGUCUCUGCGCUUUAACGGAAGGGUCUUGUUCAUAAAGGAUGUCAUUGGGGAUGAAAUCUGCUGCUGGUCCUUCUAUGGCCAGGGCCGCAAGAUCGCCGAAGUCUGCUGUACCUCCAUCGUCUACGCCACCGAGAAGAAACAGACCAAGGUGGAGUUCCCCGAAGCCCGGAUCUAUGAGGAGACCCUAAAUAUCCUGCUGUAUGAGGCCCAGGAUGGCCGGGGACCUGACAACGCGCUCCUGGAGGCCACGGGCGGGGCGGCCGGGCGCUCCCACCACCUGGACGAGGACGAGGAGCGGGAGCGGGAGCGGAUCGAGCGCGUGCGGCGCAUCCACAUCAAGCGCCCAGACGACCGGGCCCACCUCCACCAGUGAGCGGGCAGGCCCGCUGCUCCCGCCGCCUCCGCCCCUCCUCCCUGCCUCGCACUCAGAUCCCCCAGGGCUCCCGGGCACCUCCCCUCCCCCGGAGCCCGGAAUGGCUGCGCGACCAGCCAGGUGACGAUGUGGGUAUUUCUCGACCAGGCGAAUUGACUGUCUUUACCCAGGUGAAUGCACCCCUGCUGUUGACCAAGCUGGGUCCAAGGUCUCUGCUUUCCUAAGAAUCCGAGAAGCCCUGGAGCCAGGCUUUCCUGGUUCUGGAGGAAGAGGAUGAAUGGGUGUGGCGUGUAUGUGAGAACUCGUUUGCAGUAUUUAUUUUUGUGGGUGUCGACUGCCUCUUUGAGCUUCUCGGGUGGCCUUCCCUCUGGGGUUCAGUGUGUCAGCUCUGAGAGGGGUCCUGUAGUUGGUCACCAGCAGUGUCUGCGAGCUCCGUGUUCCCUAAGCCUCCAGCCCAGUACCCUGGCCCUGUUCCCGUGCCUGGCACAGGCUCCGCGGCUUUGCGAGCAGCCCAUCCUGCCAUGGGCGUUGCUCCUAGAGCUCGUUGGUGAAGAAUUGCAGCUCGUAGCAGUGGAGAUGCGCCCUGGGGGCUCCUGCCUCUCGGCUGCUGUUCCUGCGUGGCUCUGGAUACCCAGCUCUGUUGAAGGGGCAGGCCUGUUGCCCCUGCGGCUGGUCUGUGGUCCGGUGCUUCAUUGGGACCCCACGGGGUGUGGCUGAGGGCAGAUCUGCCCCCACCCCUUCCCUGCUCGUUGACCCACUCCAUUCCAGGGUGGCUGCCUGGCUGCUCACGGGAGUAGCACACAGACCGCUGCCCGGUGGGCUCCAUUCCUUCCUCCUGGGCCUUCUGCCCUGUUAAGUGGGGCUCACUGCCCCCAGCGGAUGCCCUGCCCUUUGCUUAAAAGAAGUUAAACGUGGCCCCAGACUCUGUCCUGGCGUCCAGGUGGGACCAUUGCUCACACCAGCAGCCUCAGGACGGCUUGCCUACUGUCAACGCAGCCAUCACCUGGAGAUCCCUUCUUGUCUCUGCCUCUGAUUCUUACACAGUGUGGAGUGGCCAUUGGCGCGUAGACUGAGAGGAUGUGCAGAUCCUUUGGGGUCUGGUCAGUGUCCGUGUUCAUGUUUAAGGGAAGUGUGCGACUGUGAAUGAGGAAGUGUGCCCGUGGGGCCCAGGUGGCCCACGCCGGAGCCCUGCUGUCUGCACGGCGCUCGUGGGGGACGGACGUUCUCGGUUACCUACCUCCCCAUCUCCUCCACGCCCGUGACGGCGCAGGGAGUGGUGACGAAUGUGGGUGGUUGAGACUAGGCUGGUAGAGUAGUUCCAAGGAGAUGCGGAUGUGUGUAAGGUAUGGGUGGCUUUUGUCUGCUAUUCAAGGGGAACGUUACUGUUUUAUACCAAAGGUAUUAAUACGGGCAGCCUUUGACACAGUAUAUUCCAAAAAAACGAGUUUAUAUUUUGAAAUGGUUUUUACAGCUUAGACUUUGUACAUCCAGCCCUACUUGUGACAGUUGUAUGCCUUUAUUUUGUAUCCAGCAGCAAAGCCUACAAUAAACUUUAAAACAAUCAAGACCAAACCUAAAAAUCAUGUAUCAGGUAGAUGCUUUUUAAACUGUUAUGUGGGAAACUUUCAUAUUAGGCCGUUUCAAUUUUAUUAAGUGCUAAGGAUGGGAGGGAGGGGGCUUAAAAAAUGUUUUGUAAGUAUUUUAUACUGUUUGAGUUUAAAACACCACCUGCUGUUUGGGUUGAACUUUUUUAGGAAGUUAAAGUGAAUGUCAGUUCUGAUGUUUUCUGUAGGAAUGGAAAAGCCAUCAUGUACGUUCUGUUCUUUAAAUGUUUACGUGAAGAGUAAGUUUGUGGAACAGUCUGAUUUGUUGGGGCUUCAACAACACCUUGUGACCAGAUGUUUCUGGCCGUGUCUCUACUUUCACAUUCCCUCCAGCUUUGCACUUGUAGUUUGGAGCUGUGCUUCCCUGGGACACGAACGGGUUCAUGACACAUUCCAUGGUGAGUGAUGGAGCCGUGAGCUGACAGUGACAGAGCGUUGGCUGGUCCACGCUCUGUCAUCACACGUGUCCUGCAAGGAACUGACUCCUUAUGUGAGCACUAAGGGCAAACAAAAGUCAGUAUUUCUAUUUAAGACCCAUCCAAGUAAAACACUGGCCUAAGAUUUGAUAAAGAGUAGUUGUAUUAUACUGUCAUAGCUUUCAGCGGAAAAAGCAGAACAGCUUUGGGCCCCUCACAAUCAGGCUUUCUCAAAUCAGUCAUCCGAUCGUGCUGGCUGGGGGCCUGUACCCACGACAGUUCCGGGCCUACCCUGGAACCCCCGCGGGUCCCCCAGCCCCCUCCCCCUGGAGUGUGUGCGCGCUAGGGCUCCACCCAGAGUCCCUGUAACACGUGUGUGUCACUAACCUUUGUGCCAUGGAAAAAAAUGCUGUGAGCUUCAGAAGUAGUCACUUUAUGUUGUAUAAGCAUCUGUGGACAUAUCGUAAAAUAAAAGUUACAUAAUGCUUCUACUUA